AUGUCCGAAGACGUGAAGAAGACGAUUGGGGAUACCUACGACAACAUCGCGGCGUGGUACUUGGCGUGGGUUGAAGGCCAAGCAUCACCGAGAGUAAGAUAUACCAGGAGACUGCUGGACCAGUGUCCGGUCUCGCCCAACCUCUUGGAACUCGGAUGUGGUGCCGGUGUUCCUGUUCUCCGCAUGCUCAUGGAUCAUGGCGCCACGGUCACUGGCAAUGAUAUCUCCACGAAGCAAAUCGAACUCGCCCAGAGCCGAUUCCCGCAGGCUGCGCUCAUUGCAGGAGAUAUGACUGCUCUCAUACUCGAGGAGAAUUCUUUGGACGGCAUUCUGGCCUUCUUCUCCCUCUUCCACUUGCCGAGAGAAGAGUACCGAAGCUUUCUGUCGAAGCUUUUUGCUUGGCUGAAGCCCAGUGGGGUCUUCGCUUUCAAUCUUGCUACCGUUGAUCAAGAUGAGAUUCAUGGGGAAUUCUUCGGCCAUGGAAUGUUUUGGAGUAGCUUUGGAGAGACCGAAAAUCUCACGGUACUCGCGGACGCUGGCUUCACGAUUUUGGAGGAAGAGGUAUUGGAGGCCGGCGAUGGGAAGCUCGAGGAAGGGGAUCCAGAUUAUGGGGUGAAGUUCAUGUGGAUUCUGGCCAUGAAGCCAGAGCGAGCCGGAUGA